AUGAGUAAUUAUGAAGCCUUGGAAACGUUAAAGGAAGGCUCUACCUUUAGAAAUUGGGAUGAAGCGAUUAAUGCCGUAUACAAUUACGCAAAAUUAUUAGGAUUCAAUUUAUGUCAAUCUAGAAAAACAGAGCAUGAUGGAGAGCUGCGUAAAAGAACUUUUAUUUGUGAAUUUUCAGGAAAACCUCAAAAAAAUAAAACAGGUAGACCAUCAAAAUCAAAAAAAAAAUCAUGUCCUUGGCAUAUCAAUUUAUCUUUACCGACACAAAAUAACCAUGAAAAUUUAGUCAAAGUCACAAAGUUUGUUGAUCAACAUAAUCACCUGACAACGCAAAUGAAGCAAGAUGUUGAAAUGUUAACGCACUGUGAAGGUGGAGCAGCUAUACAACGAAAGUAUUUGCAUGCAAAAUAUCCAGAAUAUCCACUAUCUAAUCAAGAUUUAUCUAAUGCCAUUAUGCAAUAUAAAACAACUAAAGAAGAUCAUAAUACCAUCAAGAUGUUUAAGUAUCUUCUAACAAAACAAAAAGAAAAUUUGGGAUGGAAAGUAUAUUUUGAUUUUGAACCUGAAUGUGUGCUUCCUAAAGCUUGCCAUCGACAUUCAAAUUGGUCCCUAUAUUUAUAUUUAGAAAAUAACGUAAAAAUAAAACUCGGACCCAAAUAUCAGGAAUUCCUCAUUGAUUUUUUUACAUGUCGAAAUUCUUUACAUAAAGAAAGCUUUCAAAAAAAUUGGGAUUUUUUAAUUAGAAAUUAUCCAGAAAUCGUUGAUUGUCUAACUAAUACAUUAUAUGAAAGCAAAAAGUAUUGGGCAAAAGCUUUGAUGGAUGAAGGUUUUACAGCAGAUAUUGAUUCUAUCUAUGAAAAUAUCUAUAAUUUUGUAACAAAUGCAUUGAACAAUUCAAAUGUUAGAGUUGAAGAAUUAAUUGAUUAUAUUAAUGAACUUCUUGAAAAAGAGUUUCAUGAAAUAAAUGAUCGAGAAAGAAUUGAACGGUCGAUUUAUAGAACAAAUGAUGAUAUAAAUAAAAUUGAUCAUUAUUUACCAUUUGAUUAUAUUAAUAAUUUAAUUGAAUCUUAUCUAUCACCCGCUUGUGCAAAUUUACAACGUCGUGAAAUGGAGCUUUCUCUUGAAUUUACUGCCAAAAAAUAUGAUAUCGGUCUGAUCGAAAAGAAAAGCAUGGAGGAAAUUGAAAUUGAAGAAAUUAAACUUAAUUGUCCCUUAGAAAGCUGUGGUAUUGAUAAACAGAUUUCACUCAAGAAAAUAUUUUCACUUUGGAUUGACACGAAAAAGAUUAACGAAGCGUGGUCGGUUGAUUACAAAGGUGGUAAUUAUUAUGACGUUACGAAUUAUAUUUUAUUGAUGAAUGAUGGAAGUCAUCAUUGUACUUGUUUAAAAUAUAUUUAUUAUGGCAUAAUUUGUAAACACUAUUUUCAGGUUAUGAAUCACACAGAUAAAGCAAAUUUUUGUAUUACAAAGAUUUCGAAACGAUGGUAUGGUACCUUUAUUCCAUUAUCUAAAUGUCAACCAAUUUGGCUAUGCGAAAUUUCA